UAAUAACGACUGUCUGUGACCGAUCCACAUCUUAUCCAACGACAAACGAGUUCGACAGUCGCGUGUGAUAUAUGCCUUAGGAAAGUUUCUCGAAGAAGGUAGAUCGACAGUACCUUUGGAACUUUCUUGUCCAAAUUGUCCCAGGAGCGAUCAGCCGGUAUCUCUAUUGAUAACAGUUUGAUUUUUCGGCAUGGACUCGGAGGAAUACGGCAACGAAUUGUCGAGAAACGAGUCAGAAAAUGAUAGCACUAAUGAAGAAUGCGCUCAUUCGCCUAUAUUGUUGGAUCUAGAUAAAAAUUCUAAGCAACAGCAAGAAAUUUUAAGUCAAGAAGAAAGCUCACCGUCUAAGAUUCCCAAUGUCGACCAAUAUUUGCAGAAUCAAUUAAUAAGACAUGGGUCAGAAAAUACAAAUAUAUCUCGACGACACUUUGUGAGAAGAUCAUGGCAGGAUGAAAACUUCGAAGAUCGUCAACAAAAUAACGAUCGAGUAUUUGUGAUAAGAGUUCCCGAACCGGAAGUGAUAAACACUCAUCCUCAUCUAGAAAUUCUUCAUGAAACCAACAUAAAAUCGAUCCAAAGAGAACCAUCGCAAACUGAGAAAGUUUUAUUCUCAGAUUACAAAAAAUCAGCUUGCGACCGUGAACGGACAAGAAUGCGUGACAUGAAUCGUGCUUUCGAACUUCUACGAUCGAAGCUUCCGAUUUGUAAACCACCCGGCAAAAAGCUUUCAAAGAUCGAAUCACUUAGGCAUGCGAUUACGUACAUACGACAUCUCCAAAGUCUUUUAGAACCACAAUACAGUUACCCUCCGAGCGUAUCUGAGAGGAGCUACUAUGCUAAUAGUACACCAAUUACUACAAAUACUUCUUUGGAUAUGCAACAUACACCUCGAUGGGAAUCGUUAGCUUAUUGUCGUUACGAUUAUCACGCACCGUUCGUUAAUCCCUCGUUGUCAACGUUAUCUUCAUCUAUUCACUCUCGAGUACAACCGGAACAAAAUGAUCGACAAUUUUUUUACGAAGCGCGACAUUAAUACACUCGCAAUGAAAUUGCCAUAAAUCUUCUUAGGAUCUUUCAAGCAGAAAUGACGUACGAUUUCAAUCUCUACAACAAGAAAUGGAUAUUUAAUUAAAAGUAAUUAGUAAACCAUAAUUACCGUAUUGAAUACUUUAUGUGCCCGGUAUGAAGUUUCUAGUACGGUCUUUAUAGGAGAGGGAAUGAAAUACGCUUAUUUAAUGCAUCUCUACAAAAGACCUUUGCAUAAAUUAUUGUAUUAGUCCUAGAGUGCAAGCUCUCAGGACCAUCUGGUUAGUGAGGACGCGGCACCUCGGCUCUAGUUUGCAACAUGAGCCAUAUGCUAUACUCUGCUGCUUCUGUGAGUUCAAGAAAGUC